GCUUUACAUAGCGAGCUUUAUGUAACCGCGCUGCUAUAAAAACACAGGACGGCUUUACUAAACAAAAACAUGCCAACUAGAUAGCAAACAAACAAACAAACAAACGGUCAGACGUCAUUCAGCUAAUCGGUUCAGGUCGACGGAAGAAGAUCUUUACCAGCGCGUGCAGAUUAGCUAGCUAAAUGAGUGCAGUGCGACUCAAUAUUUGACGUUUUGUGCAUUUUUAUCAGCUGUUAAAAUAUAAUUUAGUGUGUUUAAAGCGAUAAAAACAGAGUAACAUUGUCAUGGUGGAGGACGGAGAGCUUCAGGACAUUUAGUACUCUCCCACAGAGCGACCUGACAUUCCUCCUCAACGUGUACCAGAGACAUACAAACUUAUUUUACACAGAUAUUUUUUUAUUAAAACAAUCAUGGCUGCUGCAUUGUUCAGAAGAGGAACAGGAUUAUGUGUUAGAUGCAUUCACAGGGAGUUGUGCAGAGUGGUAUGGAGGCCGCAAACUGCACUGUUCAGCUCCAAACCAUCAGACAGAAAACAACCACGCAGGACACAUAUCAAGAAAGCCAAGCCCCAGCCAGCGGUGGAUGUUGCUGCACUCCUGGAGCAACUCUUCUCCCAGAGCAGGCCGGGCACAAUGCCUCCUGCUGGUAAAGCUCGUCCUGCCAAAGCUUCCUCCAUGCCCACCAAACCUCCUGUCGCCUCCUCAGUGAAAGCCUCCACCUCAAAAGUUCCUCCUUUGUCAAAGACAGAACCAGCAGUCUCUGUCUUUCCUGCUGCUUCUAGCCUUAAACAAGUUGAUGCUGAUAGUCUUUCCAAUGUGACUCUUCCUACAACCUCAGGUUCCUCCCCAACCAGCACAACGCCUGCACCAUCAGAAGCAGCUGCAAUAGAACGCAAAAUCUCUGCUGAAACAAUACAAACCAACAUAGAAACUGCUGCAGUACAGAAGAACACAGAGCCAACUGCCACAGUAGAGCCCCUAAUAGAAACUAUAAUAGAACCACCAAUAGAGCCUGCCCUAUCUGCUGUGGCAACACUAGAAGUUGCUGCUGUUGCCGAACUUCCAGUGGAGCCAACAGUAGAUAUUCCAGCUGAAGACUUACAAACCAAAGGCACAGACUCAGGAGUGGUCGAUGUCUCCCACAUUUCCAAAGAAGAACCCUUAAUAGAAACAACAGUAGAGUCACCAGUAGAAGCCAGCCAUGUUCCCGUGGAAACACUUGAAACUAGUGCUGCUGUUGUUGAGAGUCCAGUAGAGCCUACGAUAGAUGUUGCAGUAGAAUUAGCAUCUCAAAAAGUAGAAACCAAAAGCACAGACUCGGGCGUGGCUGACAUUCUACACACUGCAACAGGAGAAACCUUAGUAGAAACUGCAGUUGAACCAUCAGUAGAGGCCAGCACCUCUCCUUUGGAAACACUAGAGAGUAGUGCUGCUGUUGCUGAAGGUUCAGUAGAAACUACAAUUGAGGCGGAAGCAGUUACAGCAGCUCAGGCUGUACAAACCAACAGCACAGACUCAGGAGUGGUUAACAUCUCAUAUAGUGCCAAAGAAGAAGCUUCAGUAGAAACAACAAUAGAACCAGCAGCUGUUUCUGAAGCUACAGUAGAGCCUACAAUAGAAACUGAAGCAGCUGACAGCCCUUCAGAUAGUGCCUUAAUCCAAAAUGCACAAGAAUCUGCACCUUUGCCUUUGAAAAAUGAACCUACAAUAGAAUCCUCAGUAGAAUCAGUAAAUGACACUGUGGAGGAGGGAGUGGACAGGUCUGAAGAAAUGAAUUUAGAGUCUGUGACACUCCAUGUAGACAAGGUUCUGGUAGCAUCUUUACAAACCGAAGAGCUCCUCCAAACAAAAUCUCUCCUUGAUGAAAAAGCAGAGAAAGAGCUGCAAGAGUUGUCUGUCCAGACGGAGAUCGAGCACAAAGCUGCAGCUGAAACUGAGAGUUCAAGCGAUGAUGAGAGUGAGAGUGUAACUGAUGUUCUUUCAAAAUGGGACUCUCUGUCGGAAGACCUUCAAGAGUUAGAAGGACAAAGUGGUACAUUAGAGAAAGAGCUGCUGUGCCAUGUUCCUGCAGUGCUUUCCAAAACUCCUGGCCCAAGUUCAGCCUCUGAUCCACCUGUAGGAGCAGCAUCUUUGCAGAUGGAGGAGACGGCAGCUGAAGCAGAAGAAAUGACGCUGGAAUCGCUAACUUUAGAACAAGUCACGGCUGAAGUCGGAGGUCUUGAAACCGAAGUCCUGCUGGAAAUGAGGGAUGCGCUUGAGAAAGAUGCUGAUGCACGAGCUAAAGAGGAGAAGAUGGAAGAUACAGCCACAGUAGAAGAUGUUGCUCUUCUUGAGGAUGCAACAGAGGCUGAAAUUUUAACUAGACUGGAGUCUAUCUCUGAAGCCACAGAUGCUUUAGAAGCUGCGACAUCUGUUAUGCUGGAGGCCAUGUUUGGGUCUGAGCAAGGACCAAGCCAGCCACCUGUCACUUUACUUGCUGACCAGAAACUGGAGCAACAGGAUGAAGUGAUUGGUCUGAAAGCAGAAAAGCAGUUGGACAAGCAGGAAGGAAGCGUCUUGGAAGCAAUGAGUCUGGAGUCUGUGACUUUGGCUGAAGUUGAGGCGUCCUUGGGAACUCUGGAGAAUGAGUCUCUGAGUGAAACUGCAGAUUAUCUGGAGCAAGAAGCUGAAAUUAUUGCUGGAGAGAAGAGGGUGGAGGAAGAGGACAUGGUGGCAUCUGAAGAGACAACUGAGACUGCGAAGACUGAGUCUCCAUCUCUGCCUGAAGGUGACGUUCUGUCUGAAGAUCUGCAGAUAGACACGCUGAUGGAGGACCUGCUCUUUUCCGUCCCUGGGCCUGUGACAGGGGUAACAGAGGGCCAGAUUGGUCAGGAGGUUGUAAGAGAAAAUAUGUUGGAUGCAACGGUUGCCGACGGGUCCGUCAACGUUGAUACAUCAGCUGCAGUGCCCGAUGAUUUUUCAGCUUCUCCUGCUCUGGAGGAGGUGCUGGAGGGGCAGGAGGAGGUGAUGGUGGAGGAGGGAGCACAGACUGAAGCCUUGGGGAAUGAAGAUGGUACAGGAACAUAUGCAGAGUUAGAUCCAGUACAGAGACUCUUCCUGGAGAAGAUCAAAGAAUACACCAACAUGCGCAGGUUGAAUGGAGGACUGCUGGAGGCGGAGCCAGAUUACGAAAAAUACCUGUCAGAGGAGACCGCAAAGCUCCAGAGACUUUAUGGCGGAGGAGACCUGAGCAGCUUCCCUCAGUUCACCUUCAACGACCCCGAUAUGGACCAGGACUCUAAAUGAUCCAUGACGCCUACCUCCUACUCUCUGUGCUCUUUCUCUGACUCCUCACUGUCUUCCUCCUCCAUUACCUCCUCAUUUCAAUUUUACUACAUGGGAGAACAGAAAGAGGGAGAGAAGAAGAAGCAUAGAAAGUCUGUUUGGGUGAUCUGCCAUUGAAAUAAGGGAAAAUAUAUUCCUUACCGUUUGUACUGUGCAAUAAUGAUAGCAAUGAAUUAUAUAUUAAUAUUCUAUUUUAUUAAAGCAGCA